AGAUAAACUAAAGCACACUUUAAAAUGUCAUGGUAAUAUUUACUUUUCGAUAAAUGAUUUGUCAUGUCUGUUCCAUAAAUUUAUUAUUUUAAAAAUAGCUGUUUAAUUCACAGUAAGUCUGGAUAGUCAUUGAGUAUUAUGCUGUGAUUGCGCAUUUUCCCACAGUACCCGAACGCAGCAAAAAACCUGGUGACCGAGGAGAGAAUCUGAAGGGAGCUGCUCCGCAUCAUUCCACAUCGUUGGUGGAGACAAGCUCCGUGUCAGCGGAGAUAUGGAGACGCCGGGCAGGACAGUAACCACCCAGGACGCCCUGGACUUCACCGUGGAAAACGUAGAGAAGGCCCUCCACCAGUUAUACUACGAUCCAAAUAUAGAAAACAAGAAUCUGGCCCAGAAAUGGCUAAUGCAGGCACAGGUUUCGCCUCAGGCUUGGCAGUUUUGCUGGGUCCUGCUGAGUCCAGAUAAGGUGCCAGAGAUCCAGUAUUUUGGUGCUAGCGCCCUUCACACCAAGAUCUCCCGCUACUGGUCUGACAUCCCCACAGAUCAGUAUGAGUCUCUGAAGACCCAACUGUUCUCUCAGAUAGCCUGCUUCUCCUCCGGCUCCAAGAUGGUGCUCACCCGCCUGUGUGUGGCUCUGGCCUCUCUGGCCCUGAACACAAUGCCUGAGGCUUGGCCAGACGCUGUGGCAGAGAUGGUGCGGGUGUUCCAGGAAGAGGGGGGAGGAGUGGAUGCUCGGGCACGCUGCCUAGCUCUGCUGGAGCUGCUCACUGUCCUGCCCGAAGAGUUCCAGACCAGCCGCCUGCCGCAGUACAGAAGAACACAGGUUCGAGGUGCCCUUGGUCGGGAGUGGGUCGUAGUGUAUCCCUUACUGCAGCAGCUGUUACAGCGGACAGACACUCCUGGGGCGGUAAAAGCUCGCGUUCACCGCUGCCUCUCAUCCUGGGUGCUGCUGGACGUGUCCCUCAGUGACAGUGAAGGCCUGGUCCAUGACUGCUUCAGUGCACUGCCCGACCCGGAGCUCUUCGACACGGCCGUAGAAGCUAUUGUUAACGCCAUCUCACAACCUGACUCCCAAAGAUAUGUGAACACUUUGCUGAAGCUGGUGCCUCCAGUGCUGGCCCUGCAGGAGCAGCUCAGGGAAGCGGUGCAGAAUGGAGACAUGGAGACCUGCCACGGUAUCUGCCGGAUCGCUGUCACACUCGGAGAGAACCACUCCAGGACUCUGUUGGAGCAGGUGGAUCACUGGCAGAGUUUUCUGGCACUCGUAAACAUGAUCAUGUUUUGUACUGGAAUCCCCGGCCACUACCCCGUCAACGAGACAACCAGCUCCCUCACUCUCACAUUCUGGUACACGCUCCAAGAUGAAAUCAUGUCGUUUGAGUCAGACAAGCAGGCUGUUUACCUUCAGGUCUACAGGCCAGUCUUUUUUCAGUUGGUGGAUGUCCUACUACACAAAGCUCAGUUCCCAUCCGACCACGAGUAUGCGUCGUGGUCUUCGGAUGAGAAAGAGCAGUUCAGAAUCUACAGGGUGGACAUCUCAGACACACUCAUGUAUGUGUAUGAGAUGCUGGGAGCGGAGCUGCUUAGUAACCUGUAUGAUAAGCUGGGUAGACUGUUGACAAAUCCAGAGGAGCCGACAUCAUGGCAGCACACAGAGGCUCUGCUGUAUGGCUUCCAGUCUAUAGCAGAGACGAUAGACGUGAACUACUCUGAUGUGAUCCCAGGUCUAAUAGGACUGAUACCCAGGAUCAGCAUUAACAAUGUCCAGUUGGCUGACACGGUAAUGUUCACAAUAGGCGCUCUGGCUGAAUGGCUGGCCGAUCACCCAGUGAUGCUCAGCAGUGUUUUGCCGUUGGUGCUUCAGGCUUUGGGAAAUCCAGACCUCUCUGUUUCCUCCGUCUCUACACUCAAGAAAAUCUGUAGGGAAUGCAAAUAUGACCUGCCGCCUUAUGCAAACAACAUAGUAGCAGUCUCUCAGGAGGUGCUUAUAAAGCAGAUUCACAAAACGAGUCAGUGCAUGUGGCUAAUGCAGGCGUUGGGGUUCCUGCUCUCUGCUCUCCCUGUGGAGGAAAUCUUAAGAAACCUUCACUCGCUCAUAACACCGUACAUUCAGCAGCUGGAGAAGCUAGCCGAUGAGACGCCUAAUCCCUCUAAUAAACUAGCGAUCAUUCACAUAUUGGGGCUGCUGUCCAACCUGUUCACAACACUCGAUAUCAGCAAGCAGGACAACGACUCAGCGGACGGCUCAGCCCCACCUGUCAAAUCUAGCCCACCCUUACCUGGACCAAAUCCGGUGGUGGUGGUUCUGCAGCAAGUCUUUGCUCUCAUACAGACGGUCCUCAGCAAGUGGCUCACUGACUCGCAAGUUGUAGAGGCGGUGUGUGCCAUCUUUGAAAAGUCGGUAAAAACGCUCCUCCACAACUUUGCCCCCAUGGUGUCCCAGCUGAGUGAGAUGCUUGGACAGAUGUACAGUACAAUUCCCCAGGCCUCGGCGCUCGACCUCACAAGACAGAUGGUGCAUAUCUUUGCCAGUGAGACGGACCACUUUCCGCCCAUCAAGGCUCUGUUUGAGCUGGUUACCUCAGUAACGCUGUCCAUCUUCCAGCAAGGACCCAGGGAUCAUCCUGAUAUUGUUGAUUCAUUUAUGCAACUCCAAGCUCAGGCCCUCAAACGGAAGCCCGAUUUGUUCUUGUCUGUGAGUCUUGAUGUGAAAGCGGUUUUCCACUGUGGAGUUCUGUCGCUCAAAUUUCCUGAAGCUCAGACAGUGAAGUCAACAUGCUUGUUCUUUACUGAACUAUUAAGUCACUGCUCGGACGUGCCGCCGUUGGCCAGGGUGGUGCAGGACGAUGGCAAGUUGCUGGUUCAGGCUGUGUUGGAGGGUAUUGGGGGCGGAGCAUCUCGCAGCCUGAUGGACCAAUAUGCAGAGGUUCUGUUUUCUCUGAACAAGCACUGCUGUUCUCUGCUGGUCAUCUGGUUAAAGGAGUCCCUGCAGCCUCAGGGGUUCCCAUCAUCCCGAGUCACAGCAGCACAAAAAAACCAUUUCUCGCAGCAGAUACUUCGAGAGCGGGUGCAGAAGAGGAGGGUGAAGGACCUCGUCAAAGAGUUCACACUCUUGUGCAGAGGGCUCCACGGGACGGAGUAUGCUGCUGAUUACUAAAAUUUGACCAACUCUUAAACUGACCUAACCUCUGCCCUCAGUGCAAACCAGCUGGACACCACAACAACACUGUUCUAGCCAACAACCCCGUCAGCAACACUACCACGUGAUGAUUGUAAAACCACCCGACACCCAGGAGCAGGACAAACCGUUUCCGCCCCGACCAGUCUGUAGAUCAGCAGAUCUACACACCUUGAAGAGGCUGACCUGUCGCUGCAGAAUCCUUCUCUUUCUGUGUUGAGAUUGAUCGUUUUCUGUCUCUCUUCUUCCUUAGAGGCCUUUUUCUUUAAAGAGCUCUAAGCAGCACACUCAGCAUGCUGCCUCACCGUCUCCCUCUAUCUCUGUCCCGCCUUCACAACUCUUCCUGUGGUUCCUGGGCUGAUUCCGGGCGUAACGAAAUUCCUUAUGAAAUGGUUGUUGUGUUGUACUUAGCGAUGUGACUGAUUAAUUUUCAAACGAAAUGAAAUGAAGUAUAUAAACAUAUAUGUACACGUUUAAAGGGGUUGUGUCGGCAUUUUAGCUGCUGCUAUCGGAAAGACUCGGAGAAGACCAUUGUCAGAAAUAUGAUUCAGCUCAAAACAAAGUUCAAGGUUUAGAAUCCAAGACUCCAGAACGUCAGUCCGAGACGUGAUUGCGAUCAUGUGUACGUUAAGUUUUUAAUGCGGCCAGUAGGUAAAGUCUUCCUUUGGAAACUGGAGGGUCAUCUUUUCCCGGGCAUAUUACUUUCUCUGAUGAUUAUGAAUGGGUUUGUUUGCUUUAUGGGUCUGUUGCUGCUUCAGUGUGGAAAUUGUGAACUUGUGCAAUUAGGACUUAUGUGCAGGAUUAAAAAAAAAAAGAAAGAUAGCAAUAAUUGGUCUCUAACAUUAUGAGAGCGCUCAAAUAGAUUAGUCUCGUAACCAUAGACGAAAACAGCAAAAAGGCAAAAAGUAUUUGGGAUCAAGUACAAAUAAACUAUGAGUGAGUUCUAGGUGCAACUCGUGUGCUGGAUAGUAGAGAAGUAGAAACUGGAUGUGAUGUUACCAUCUGUGCACUUGACUACUACUUUGAUGUGGAUGAUACUUUUUUUCCCUGACACAAUUUAAAGCUGAAUGUUGCAUAUUGGACCUUUUUAUAGAAGUAAUGUUUACUUUACUGAAUCCUAUUACAAAGUCUGUAUUGCCAAGUUAUCAUGAUAUAUUGUUCUUCAGACUUUUUUUUUUUUUUGUCAAGUAUGCCUUUCCUGAAGUAGUCAUCUUCAAAUCACUAAGUCACACCCAGUCAGACUCAGGUCUUCUUCCUGGGUUGCGGACUACAGAUUUAUGCAGUUACCUCUAAGGUAAAGCAGGACUGCCUAGAGCGAUGGCUGGAGGUAAAAUGACUGGUAAGCUGACAGCAGGGAAAAUGCACAGGAUGUAAACAUUCAGGACAUAUUUGGGGGAAGGGGGGGAUAUAAUGCUGACGAUGGGCUUGUUAGUCACUGUUACUGUGCAUAAAUAUUUAUCAUGUUGUGAAUACUAACAGUUAUUUGCAAACUCUUCUUUGUAUUUGAGCGUAUGUGUGUGUAUAUACCUGUAUGAAAGGCUGUGUGUGCACAAAUGUAACGUUCCACUUGCUCAGUGCACUUAUGUUGGACCUAUAGUACACAAACCUAACUUCCUCCUGUCUCUAUAAAUAGAGAGCCCCCCCGCCACCCUUUUUUUUUCUUCAAAUUUACAAAUCAAACUUUUUUUCUAAUAAGAUGGCCGCACAUAUCCUCUAUAUGCCCACUGCAGCUGAUCCCCUCCAUUUUUUUAUCAGAAUAGUUCAUGACUUAUUUCCAUAACUUAUUAUCAAAUCAUAUUGUAAACUCAUGUUCACUCAUCUGCGUCACUGCCUUGAAGGGGACAAAGGAUUAGAGAAAGUCAUUUUGCAUCUCCCAACAUGCUUGGAUGUUACAUCGGAGAUAAAAAUUCAUUUUGGGGAUUUGGGGAUUGUAAAAUAUAUCGAUUCUAAUCCUGUUGUCCUGUCCCAGGUGCCUGCAGACAUGUAGCAUGCAUGUGUUUUAUGGGGGUUUCUGGGUUUGGGUGACAAAACAAAUACAGCGUUUUAAGACACUAAGAAAAGAAACAAAAAACAUGAGACCAGAGGCAGACAUCAGAUGUAAAGUAAAACGGCCCUGGCUCAGAGUCUAAUUCCAACUGUGAAUCAGUGAACGUUCAACUAUGAUCUUGCUUGUCUGUGAUGUGGCCUCAUUCUGGGCUGAGAAAUACAGUAGAUGUAAGGUCGUAAGAAAACGUUGGAGGUGAAGGAGUGGAGGAAGAUGUGAAAUGUACAUUUCUUUUUGUACUUGGCUUUAAUUUAUUAAAAUAUAUUCAAGGCUGUA